AUGGUAGAAUCUGUCAAUUCUAAUCAGAACAUUUUCAGUAGACGCAAUACUAUCCAUUUUCGUUCACAUCUUUCUCCUCUUUCUUAGUUAAUCAUCUGCACAGUCUUCGCUGUCAGCGCGGCUCAGGUACCCUCCAGGAGUUACAUACCCCAGUCGCAAGGUGGAUAUGGAGGAGGCCAGGGUGGCUACCAAGGCUCGUCAUUUGGAGGUAGCGGCGGUGAUGGUAACAGAAGACCUCAGCAGGACGCGGAAAAGAAUGCUGCUACGUUGAAACAGGAUCAAGAUGUUGGUGAAGAUGGAAGCUACCACUUCGGCUACGAAACCUCAAACGGCAUCCGAGCUGAAGAGGCAGGGAACCCCGCACAGGCUCAAGGCGGGUUCUCCUACAAAGGCGACGAUGGCAUCACGUACACGGUGACCUACACCUCAGGAGAAGGUGGCUUCAGGCCUCAGGGUGAACACCUGCCGGUUCCACCACCUACACCUGAAGCUAUCCUCGAAGCUUUGAGGAAGAAUGAGCAGGAUGAGGCUGCUGGCAUUUUUGAUGAUGGAAAAUACCACCCAGAACAGCAUGGAGGUGGUAAAAACAGCGGUUUCGGGUCCGCAAACCACCAGGGUGGUUUCAACGCCAACAGCGGCUACCGGUACUAAUUCCAUGGACUGAAAUAAUGUUAUUUGUCAAUAUAAGAGCUUUUUGGAAGUCAUGGUAUUUUGUAACUAUCGUCCAAAUACUGAAACGUCACUCAAUCUUAAGUACUGCUCAAACAGUACUUAAAAAUAAAUAGCAUUUGAGUAUUUCGAGGAUAGAGUCUGAAA